AUGGUGUAUCACUCGAACAGGCUAGCCGUGGAUAUUCAAGAUAUUCGUCAAUUUGGGGCGAGGGCUUCGCUGGCAGCGGCAACUGGCGUACUACUACCCACUGCGCUUAGCCUCGCGCUGUAUUCAGCGGUUCUCGGGGCGCACUGGAAGGUCUUUUUCUGCCUCACCUGGCCGUACGCUUCUCUUCGUGUGUCAGCGUUGUUGGAGCUAGAGAACUGGUCGAACGACAGUCAUACACUUGGCAGUAUACAGCUCGUGGAACGAUCAGCAUUUUCGUCGAGGCUUGCGGCCUUAGCCGUGGGAGCGGCGCUCUCCCCCACCAGCCUAGGGUUCAGCGCCCAGCUUCUUGGCGAGGUGGGGCAGCUCACGACACCGAUAGGUCAGUUCAUCUGCACGGCGGCCGUGAUCGACGACGUUCUGUCUCUGCUUCUCCUCGCUGAGGUGCAAGCACUCGGCGACAAGAACCCCGAGUGGCACGACUACGCCGUGCCGGUGUUGGCCUCGGUGGGGUCAGUCUUGGUUGGCGGCCUCGCGGCGGUCUACAUCAGUUCCAAAACCGAGCCGCUCGGCGCGUGGCUUUCCUCCCUCAACAAAAAAAAAAGCAGCAACGAAAACGGGCGCCUCUCGUCGUCUCCAGCACGCCGAGCGGAGGUGGCGACCGGGACGGCGCGACAAGGAGAACAGGACCUCUCGCCUUCUGUCUAUCGCUCUCCUCCGGUUGUCAAUGAACUGACCGCCGCUGUCGACCGGGGCCUAACAAUGGUGAACACGACGACGGUACCGCUAGAAUCGGGUGUGUUUAGCACUCCCGCCGCCUUUGUCGUAUCACCCACGCUGUACGGUGGUGAUGCUGGCCGACAAGGCGAUGCGGGUUCCGUGAGGCGAGGAGAUCGAGUCCUGCUCACGAUGGUGUUGGCAUUUUCUCUGGUGUUUGCCUACCUGUCGUCCCUGGUGGGCAGUUCGGACCUCCUAGGGUGUUUCCUGGGCGGCUUAGCGUUUUCAGGGGUGCCCGGCGUCCAGACCAUUUGGGCACGGCAGAUGAAGCGGUACUCUCAGUGGGGGGCAAGGCUCUUCUUCUCUGCGACGGUCGCGUUCAGCGUGCCGUCCGUCUACAAGGACGGCGGCCUUCUCAGAGUCAAACCGUUCUGGAAGGGUCUUAUCCUUACGGUGGCCGCGAUUGUCGGAAAGCUCGUCGUGGGCUUCUACGCGGGACCCCCGUUGACACUCUCUGGCUUCCUGAAGCUGGGCUGGGCUAUGAACGGGAGGGGGGAAUUUUCGUUUUUCAUUGCCCAGGAAGCGAGCGAGGAGGAGGUCUUGACGACCGAGGACUACUCGGCGGUGGUUUGGGCACUGCUAUUGAGCUCCAUCGCCGCUCCUGUGUUCUUCAGAAGGGUCCUGGCCAAGGAUAACGAUGAUGUGAAUGAUGCCCACAGCAAUCCUCGCCGAAAAAAGCACGGCGAAGAAGAGUUGGCGGGGGGGGGCAGCACGACUGCCGUGCGAUAGAAGCUUGUUUUGUUGCGGCACUCUUGCCGUUCUCGUACAAUCCAUAACCUCAAGCGUGGUGUCGACGCUUUGAAGCUGUAGCACCUCGAAUUCCCUGCCAAUGACAUAAAAUAACCGGGAUGCAAUGAGGUGCUAGGUGCUGUAAUAGGCCCGGACGACGUGGACGCAUGUUGCCGGAGCGCGAACCAACUCUCGAACUGUAACUACGUCCGUUCGAUGCACUGUGUUCUUCCUGCUCUCGCGUCGUGAUGCACGUACACCGUACGGUCGCCCCUGCACGUAGGCUCGAGGGGAUCCUCAACAGAACGGGUCUCAUUUUCGAAGGGUCGCGCGCGUUCGAAUCGUCCCUUGGCGCUGUUUCCACGUCUCACCGUCCUUUAUCGCCAACGAAAUGUCAACUUCAAACGCACCCAGAGGCACGUUCAGAAACACUGCGCCACCACGACACACAAUUGACGGCAAGAAGACCCGCAGUCUCAGACGCGUAACUUGGCCACGAGACGUUCAUUACCCCACCCAGGAGACGUUCAUUAUCCCACACCUCCUACGUACCGUAUAUGACACACGAUAACACACCCCCUUGA